AUGGCUGCUUUAUUCCUGCUUCUUAUCUUAUUUCAUUUUCAACCUCCGUGGGAUGCUCUUGCAUUGGCCCCUACAUCUGAAAAUGACUUCAGUUACAUGAAAGUUGUAUCCAACGCCACCAACCUCCCUCGCUCGGCAGAAUAUGACUACAUCGUGAUCGGAGGUGGCACCGCUGGCUGCCCUUUGGCGGCGACUUUGUCGCGAAACUACUCGGUGCUUCUCCUGGAAAGAGGCAGCGCUCCGUCGACAUACCCUGAGGUCCUACAGGCAGACCAAGCAGAGGCUAAUCUCCUCAAUGACGACGACGGCAAAAAUCCAGUCCAGAAAUUCAAGUCGGAAGAAGGCGUCGAAAUCGCAAGGGGAAGAGUUCUUGGAGGAAGCAGCAUGAUCAACAUAGGCUUCUAUUCCAGAGCCGAAAAGGAGUUCUAUCCAAAAUCAGGCAUUAAUUGGGACUCUGAUGUGGUUGAGAAGGCGUAUCAAUGGGUUGAAGAGACGAUUGUUCACCGUUCGGAUUUGCUUCCUUGGCAAUCCACCUUCAAAGAUGCUUUGUUGGAAGCCGGGUUGGUUCCGGAUAAUGGGUUCACUUUGGAGCAUAUUGUGGGAACCAAAGCUUCGGGUUCAUUAUUCGAUGGGUUAGGAAGGAGACAUGGAGCUGUGGAGCUGCUUAAUAGAGGAGAUUUUAGAAAUUUGCGAGUUGCGGUUCGUGCAUCAGUGGAGAAAAUCCUUUUCACUCGCACCAAAAGAGGAGGUUUGGCUGCAAACGGAGUCCAAUACAGGGACUCCAGAGGGAUGCCUCAUCGGGCGUUUGUACGUGCCAAGGGAGAGGUCAUUUUAAGCGCCGGUGCAAUCGGAAGCCCUCAGCUUCUCCUUCUCAGCGGCGUCGGCCCAGUUUCCGACCUCUCCUCUCAGCUCAUACCCGUCGUUCAACCCCAACCUGACGUCGGAAAGUUUAUGGCCGACAAUCCUCGAAGCAACAUUGGCAUAGUAGUGCCAUUUUCGCUUAACGCCUCAUAUGCACAAGUUGUGGGAAUCGCAACUGAUUUUUACAUAGAGUCUCUUUCUACCAUAAAGCCCUUUGCAUCCCUUACAAAACCUUCUGGCGUUUACGGCAAUAUAUCUACUCCGAUCGAUCUGAGUGUUGUAUUCCUCGCUAACAAAGUCCCCGGCCCCUUGUCCAUCGGUUCCCUUGCACUCGCGUCGCGUAAUAAUGUGAGUGUUGGUCCAAAAGUUCGAUUCAACUACUUUUCAGAACCGGAGGAUCUUGCGCGUUGCGUUAAGGGGAUGAGAAAAGUUGGCGAUAUGUUAAGGACCAAGGCAUUUGCAGCCCUAAAGUUUGAUAAGAAUGCACAAGGCGAAAACGGGUUUAAGUUCGUUGGUCCCACUUUACCGGUGAACUACCGGACGGAUAAUUCGUCUUUGGAAGCGUUUUGCCGGAGCAACAUCACGACAUGGUGGCAUUACCAUGGCGGGUGUCGUGUGGGGAAGGUUGUUGAUGGUGAUUUUAGAUUUACGGGGAUUAAUGCACUUCGUGUGGUAGAUGGAUCAGUUUUCACUAGCUCACCUGGGACCAAUCCUCAGGCUACCCUUAUGAUGAUAGGCCGGUAUGUUGGGCUUAAAAUGCUUCGGCAGAGAGCGACUUGAAAAUAAAAAGGCUGCGGGCAGUUCAACAAUGGCAGAUCAAAUAAAGU